CUGAGACUCUAACCAACCACAGCCUCUCAUUCCCACACCAAAAGAUAAUAACACUCAAAUUCCAAACCAAAACAAGAAGAAAACCAAAGUAAUUUCACAGGAAACUCAGAGAAAUUUACAAAACAAUGAAAGCAAUAUCACCACCAUCAACGGCGGCUAUAAUCAUCCAUUCCCAUCAUCACUACCUAAAUCACCGCCGUUGGUUUUUAUCUCUGCCGCCUCCAUCAAACCGCCAGUUCCACCCCGCCGCAUCAAUCACCCGACCCCAUAGUCUUAAACUUACUUUCAUAACAAAAGCGGCCGAUUCAACUUCUCAGCCUACUUCAGCAAAAACCAUUGUCACUGAUGAUGGAUUCUCAUUGUCCAAGCUUUCAUUUGGUGUUGUUGGACUCGGUGUUGGAAUUUCGCUCCUCUCGUAUGGUUUUGGGGCAUACUUCAACAUUCUUCCGGGAUCCGAAUGGUCCGCGAUAAUGCUGACUUACGGCUUCCCUCUUGCAAUAAUCGGAAUGGCCCUCAAGUACGCAGAACUGAAACCGGUGCCAUGCUUGACUUAUUCGGAUGCUCAAAUGUUGAGGGAAACCGCUGCCACUCCUAUCCUUAAGCAGGUAAGGAAUGAUGUUACUAGAUAUCGCUACGGGGAUGAACAGCAUUUGGAUGAGGCAUUGAAACGGAUUUUCCAGUUUGGUCUGGGAGGAGGAAUUCCUCGGAGAAAUGCACCUAUUCUUCAAAUGAUCCGAGAAGAAGUGACAGAAGAUGGUAAAUAUUGUUUAGUCCUGGUGUUUGAGGCUAAAGCUUUGGAGUUGUCGGAUUUCGAAAAGAGACAGGCAAAAUUUGCUUCAUUCUUUGGACCAGGGAUCUCUGCUGAAGUAGAUUAGAAACUGACGGCAUGUUAUUUUAAAAACAUAUGAUAACAUACACUGAAAGUUGAGUAUUGCUACUAAAAUGGCGAACACAGACGGAGCACCAUAAAAACAAUGAACGUAGCAGCAUAGCACGGAAGAAACCAUAAAAUUAAAAGUAUCAUCCUGGAGAGGGAUUGGAUUAGAAUAUUCGAGUAUAAGGGUAAUUCUGUUGCUGUUUCAACGCUUAUUAUUCAGUACCUCAAAAGUUUACCAUUUCCUAGCACCACUUUUUGGUUUGACCUUCGCAGUUAAUUUUUUAUUUUGUAUAAUUGAAUAGAUUUUCAUCUUUUUGUAUUAAUUAAUUAUAUGAAUUUCAUACAUCAUGAUUAUUGAUAUCAGAUUAAAAGAAUGUAGAACAAGCACACCGUUUUUUCA